AGUGGGUGAAGUGAAGGAGGAUCGGCCUACCGAGGUUAUAAGAGAGGUGCCGCCUCGGUGGCACAUCAUACAGGUGACUGUUUGCUUUUUGAUACAUGAGGAGAACACAUCAGAGGAGGACAUUUCUACCGGGGUGAAAAGGUAUGGCUUCUGAUGUGAUGUCACUAUUGAGCCUUCACAAAAUGAUUGGAGUAGCGCUCACUCCCCUUUUCUCUUUCCAGGCUAACCUUAAAUUUUGUUGGCUGAAAUGGAGACAAUGGCUCAUGUGACUGAGCUCAGGCUCGGCGGCGGUCGGGGCUCGUGGGGCGGAGCGACGCCCUCAUCCUGUCCGGAGGUUGACCUGGAGGUCAUCGAGGAGUAUCUGCAGGAGCAUUCACUAGAAGUCCAGCCUGCAUACGUGCAUGCCUCGCCUCUGAGCAAUGUGGUGCAGUACGUCCACUCCCACCACAGCACCAGGAUCAUAGAGAAUAACUGGUCAGGUCAGCAUGCCUAUGAGUGGCACUGCGGUGCUCCUACGAAGGAAUAUGAGGAGCAAGCUCCACCUCCAGCCUGGCCCUGCUCCCAUCAGAACCAAUGGGAUCACGUUGCCUAUUCGGAUCAGGCGAUUGUGUGUAUCGACUCAGACUCUCAGUCCAGUUGCUCGCAGUACCACGAAUAUCACGAUGCCCCUUCUCCAACCUCUAAUGGCGGAGGCAGACCCGACAAAGACCCCUUACUUCUUGCUCCAUUCUCGGGAAAGAGGAAGGAGCGGUUGUUCCAGUUCCUGUUCGAGAUGCUGCAGACGCCGUCAAUGCGAAGCUGCAUCUGGUGGGUCCAGUCCUCUUCGGGCACAUUUCAGUUCUCCUCCCAAAACAAAGAGUGCCUGGCGGAGAUGUGGGGGCGCCGAAAAGGGAACCGCAAGACAAUGACCUACCAGAAAAUGGCGCGGGCAUUGAGGAAUUACGCUCGCACGGGCGAAAUCCAAAAAGUGAAACGGAAACUCACAUAUCGGUUCGAUGAGAAAACGCUGAGAGGCCUCCAAGGAGAUGCGAAUAAGGUGUAG